GAAAGCACACACCAAAGCUACAUACGUUUUACCCUGGUCUCUUGCUUAUUCUAGGAUUCAAUGAUUACUGGACAGCUCUGCAAGCCUUUGCUAUCGCUCCGGACUGAAAUGAACGCGGAGUUCAGAGGUGAGGACAAAGCAGCCACUUCAGACAACGAGCUGAAUGAGUCUCUGCUUGCACCCGCUGAAUCAAAUGACAGUGAGGACACUCCCAACAAGCUCUUUGGAGCCAGAGGGAACACAGCACAGUCAGAGGCAAGCAGUAAUACUGUUGACCAUCAUCAGACCAGCCAAUCACACUCAGCCUUUCCCGUUGGGCCCCAGCCAUUAUUAGCUGCACAGCAACUGGCCUCAGCUGUGGCAGGGGUAAUGCCUGGAGGGCCUCCAGGUCUUAAUCAGCCGAUCCUCAUUCCUUUCAACAUGGCUGGCCAGCUCGGAGGGCAGCAAGGCCUUGUUUUGACAUUACCUACUGCCAACCUGACUAACAUUCAGAACCUCGUGGCAGCAGCAGCAGCAGGAGGCAUUAUGACGUUACCACUGCAAAACCUUCAAGCUGGUGUACAGAUUCAGACGACAUUCCUGAUGGUUUACUACCUGAUCUGGGAGCGUACAUGA